GAUUCAGAAGAGUGUGAAUAAAAUGUUAGAAAAAUAGGAGAGAGAGAAAGAGUAGGGUAACAGAGACAAGAAAAUGAAGAAGUCUUCGGGAGGCGCAGGUGACAAGAAGAGGCCCCGACGCUCCUCCGCACCAGAUCCCGCCUCCGACGUCCCUCCUAGGAAACAAGCUGUCAAGAAAGAUGUGUUCCAGGUGUUUGCUGAGAAGGUUAGAGACCACAAGGAAUUGGUUUCGAGAUGGGCUGUUCUACAGGAGACUCGUGUUGAGUAUUUUAGAGGGAAGGAUUUUGUGAGCUUCUUGAAAAACAAUCCGGAGCUCAAGGAUAUUCUAGAAUCAGAUAGGAAUUUAGAGACAGAGGAGAUUGCCAACAUUCUACUUGGGAAAAAUCUUUUAGUGCGCUGUGAUCGUGUUGUAAAAACUGUUCGUCCUGGGAAGAAAAAGUUGUCUACCUGGCCUGCUCAUUUGGAAAUUUUCCCUGAACAAGCAUUUUCUGAAAAUGAUGCUUUCUUUGCAUGGACGUUUGCAAAACGCCAUCCACUUUGGCAGACACUCCUCUCAUUUUUCUGGCCUGUGUUAACGUUGGCUAUAUGCUUAUUCCCCGUGUACCCUCAUCGCUGCAAGCUAUUGAUACUUUACUCAUGUGCUGGGAUCCUUUUCCUCAUCCUAUCUGUACUUUUAAUAAGAGGUGCAAUAUUUGGCGUUUUAUAUAUCACUCUUGGAAAGCGAAUCUGGUUUUUCCCUAACAUCCUUGCCGAGGAAGCAACACUUCGGGAGUUGUUUAGAUUUUGGCCUAAGAAAGAUGAAGAGGAGAAGCCCAAGUGGACAACGAGACUUUUCUAUGCUGGGGUAGCUGUGCUGUUCAUAUUAUUGCUGAGGCAUCAUGCACCUGAUGAAGCUGCCAGAGCAAGGUACCACAAGAGGGUAUCUAACAUCAUUGACGAUGUUCUUGAAUGGUCUCCAACUUUAGCCUUGUCUGGGAUGAUGGAUAAACAACAAAAUGUGGCUAAUGCCACUGGGUCUGCUGAUACUAGCAAAACUGGAGCAGAGCAUGCAGAUGAUGUUGAUGAUGAAAAUAAUUUCAUGGGACAAUAUAAUAAUACCGAAGAUGUGAUAGAUGAUGUGGAUGAUGAUAAACAGCAUGAUUAAAGGUUAAUCAUAUAUACCUAAAUGAAAUAUAUGUAGUGACUAGUUCACAAUUUUCCUUUUGAGUGUAAAAGUACCAUGUAUGAAAUAAUAACAUAAAAGUGGUUCGCUUUCAAA